GAGAUAUCGUGAAAGCAGCGGCGACGCACCACGGAGAGGCUUUGCGCUACGCUUCUGAGGAGCUGAAGGCGGACCGUUCUCUCGUCACGUUCGCCGUGGAGCGUCAUGUCACGGCCCUGCAGUUUGCCGCCGACAACCUGCGCGCCGAUCGUGCCUUUGUCGAGUCGCUCAUGGCCAAGAAUCCAAGAGCUUUCGCCCAUGCGGCGGAGUCGCUCCGUUCCAACCGCGACCUUGUGUUUGCCAUGGUGAAGAAGGAUGAGAACAUGCUCCAGUAUGCUUCCGAUGAGCUUCGAGCUGAUCGCGAUUUCAUCCUGCAGGUCGUCCAGAUCCAUGGAGAUGCUGUGCGCCAUGCUUGGCAUACUCUCUGGGAGGACCAUGAGGUGAUCCUCACCGCUGCACAGCAGAACCCCAGAGCUAUCCGCCAUGCGGGGAAGACCCCUCAGCGAGCCGGACCGGUCGUUUCAUCUGAGGAUGUCGGCGCCCGCCAGGGACCGGCCGCCCUCCCUUUGGUUGACACGUACAAGAACAACCGCGACUUCGUCUUGGGCAUGGUGACGAAGAACUGGCGCGACUUGAG